AUGUACCCAAUUAUUGAACCUUCUGUAAGUCCAUGGAGUAGCCCAGUGGUAAAGGUAACCAAACCAAACGGUUCUAUUCGUUUUUGCUGUGAUUUCCGUAGGGUCAACGAUUGUACAUCGAAAGAUAGUCAACUUUUACCAAGAAUUGACGAUACUCUAGACGCAUUAUCAGGUUCAGCUUGGUUUAGUACACUAGACUGUAAAUCAGGAUUUUGGCAAGUUGGUAUGGCCGAAAAAGAUAAACAUAAGACAGCGUUUGCAGUCCAAGGAUGUGGUUUGUGGCAAUUCACUGUUAUGCCUUUUGGUUUAUGUAACUCGCCCGCUACCUUUGAACGGUUGAUGGAACGAGUGUUAGCAGGUCUGACCUGGAAACAAUGCUUAGUUUAUCUUGAUGAUAUAAUUGCUUACUCCAUAACUUUUGAUGAGCACUUGACAAGUCUUGAUUUGAUAUUUACUAGAAUGAGGGAGGCUAACUUAAAAUUGAGUCCUGAAAAGUGUGUUUUAUUUCAAAAACAGGUUGGGUUUCUUGGCCAUUUAAUUAGUGAAAAUGGAGUGGCAACUGACCCAAGUAAAAUAGAGGAUGUGAAAAAUUGGCGGACACCUCGAAAUGUCCGCGAAAUUCGAAGUUUCCUAGGAUUAUGUUCAUACUACAGAAAAUUUGUGAAAUCAUUUUCUACAAUUGCAAAACCCUUACAUAAGCUGACCGAGAAAGGUGCACACUUUUCUUGGUCAGAAGCAUGCGAAAAAGCUUUUCAGGAGUUGAAACAUGCAUUGACUAAUGCCCCAAUAUUGUCUUAUCCUAUCUCUGAGGGAAUGUAUAUUCUAGAUGCGGACGCAAGUGGCGUCGGGAUCGGUUCAGUCUUACAGCAAGUGCAGGGUGAUAAAGAAAAAGUGAUAUCAUAUUUUAGCAAGUGUCUCUCGAAAGAGGAGAGACAUUACUGUGUGACCAGGCGAGAACUCCUUGCCGUGAUAUGCUCAGUGAAGCAUUAUCACCAUUACUUAUUUGGCCGUCAUUUUGUUAUCAGGAGUGAUCAUGGGGCCUUGAGAUGGCUCACGAACUUUAAGCACCCAGAGGGACAGAUAGCCAGAUGGCUAGAGGUAUUGUCGAUAUAUGAUUUUGAUAUUAAACAUAGACCUGGGCGUGUUCAUUCAAACGCAGAUGCGUUGUCAAGACGGCCAUGUAGCUACAAUGGUUGUAGUUACUGUGACAGAGCAGAUGUUAGGUAUACAAAGCCUACAUACGAUUCAAAUCUAGAAAAGAAAGAUACAAAAGAUAGUGCAAAGAUUGGUGUAGAGGUGACAGACAAGAAGUCCACUUCAGUUGCCGGAGUGGAUGUUUGUCAGAACACGUGUGAGAAGGAAUAUGGUUGUGGUAUCAGUAAUGGUGUUAGUUGUUCUUUAUACUUGGAUGGUACCCAUAAGCGCGCAGAUAGUGCCUACCAAGAAACAACUGACAGUCAUGUUCGUGAUGAUGUUGAUGUUCUUGUAGAAAUCAGUAAGGAUUUAAAUAUGCAGGCCAUUGACGUCCUUACUGAAAAGAAUGAAACAUCAGUAGUAGAAGAUGAUAGUGUUGAGUUUAAUAGUAAAACUGAUUUAAAGAACGAAAUUCAGAAGGAUAUUCUUGGUGAAACAUGUGAUAAGGAUGAAGAAGUCCUCACAUGUGAGAAUAGGAAAGAUACUGGUUUUAUACCAGUGAGAGUAAUGGUUGCUACACUGAACCAAGAAACUAUUGCAGUAGUUCAAGAUGAGGACUCUGUAAUAGGAGCAGUGAAGCAAUGGAUAAACACAAACAAGAGGCCUGAGUGGUCUGAAGUCGCUCCAAGUUCUGUUGAACUUAAGUAUUAUUGGAAUAGGUUAGAUUCCUUACAAAUAAUUGAUGAUGUUUUAUACCACCUUUGGGAAAGUGUUGAUGUUAAAACUUCUGAAUACCUGACUGUAUUACCUAAAACUUUCAUACCGGAGGUUUUAGAGGAAUUACAUAAUAGUCCAACGGGAGGUCACUUUGGUGUAAGAAAAACCAAACUGAAAGUAAGACAGAGAUUCUUUUGGUAUGGACUGACCAAAGAUGUGAAGCAAUGGUGUAAGUCUUGUGAUGUAUGUGCAUCUCAGAAAGGCCCUCAGAGAAAGGCAAAAGCCGCUUUAAAGCAAUAUAAUGUUGGUGCACCAUUAGAGAGAAUAGGUAUCGAUAUCAUGGGACCAUUACCCCGAAGUAACAAAGGAAAUAAAUAUGUUCUGACUAUAGUAGAUUAUUUUACAAAGUGGAUAGUAGCUCUCCCGAUCAGAAAUCAAGAAGCUACAACAGUUGCGAAAAACUUUGUAGAGAAAUUUGUUACGGUAUUUGGAGUACCAAAACAAAUUCAUUCCGACCAAGGUACAAACUUUGAAUCAAACGUUUUUAGAGAAAUGUGCGAAAUUCUAGGGUCAGAAAAGACUCGAACAACUGCCUUAAGGCCCCAGUCAGACGGUCUUGUUGAACGCGGGCAUAGAAAAAUAAAGUCUAUGCUCUCUAAAUUUGUGUCUGAAAAUCAGAAGGACUGGGAUACCUUUCUGCCAAUUACGUCAAUGGCACAUAAUUCUGCUGUUCAAGAAAGUACAGGUUUCACUCCAAGCAUGCUUAUGCUUGGACGUGAAAUAGACUUACCAGUUGAUUUGGCCUUGGGAAGUCCUGAAAAUCAAACUAACAAUACAGAAACCGAAUAUGCCGAAGCGUUGACUGAAAAGUUAGAAAAAGUUCAUAAUCUUGCGCGUAAACAUAUUGCAAUUGCGAGUGAUUCUCAGAAACGCAAGUAUGAUCAUCGAGUAAGUCAAAAUUCAUAUGCAGUCAGUGACCUUGUAUGGUUAUACAAUCCGCAAGUUAAACCCGGCUUAAGUGCUAAACUUUCCAGACGAUGGACUGGACCGUACCAUGUUCUGAAGAAAAUCAAUGAUGUUGUAUAUAGAAUUCAGUUAAACAGACGUUCAAAGCCAAAAGUUGUACACCAUGACAGACUCAAACGCUAUAACGGGACACUGAGCCUUGAUUAA